GCUCCUGCAUACAGGCCCAUGAUUUUAACAACAAUCAAAUACUAUGGCGAGAAAAAGUGACUCGAAGAUCACUAAAGCACACAAGGCCCUAUUGACGACUGAUCCUGUUAUUCAAAAGCAAAAGCUGAUAAGCAAGAGUUUUAAAAUAAUUGAAUACUAAAAAGUAUUAACCACUUGUUAUAUAAAAUCCUUGUAAAAAUUAACUAACCAACCCAACACUAACCACAAUGUCAGGAGGUUUCAAGAUUCACUUGUUCCUUAUAAGUGGGAUAGUGGCAUACCUCGCGUAUACAUUGACAUAUAUUUGUCCAAUUAAUGAUAUUAAUUCAUCAUUUAGUUCAACCAAUCAGUUAUCUCCAAUACUUCAUCAUACUUGUCAACUUAGUCAUCAAUAUUUAAAGCCAAUUUAUCAUACAACCAUUUUACCAAAAUAUCAACAAUAUAUUGAACCAUCAUUAAUUCAAUUGGAUGAUUCUUAUCAUAUCCUUGAUAAUUUACAUGAAUUCCAAUCAUCAGUACUUGAUUUGACUGAAAAAUGGGAAUUAAAUGAAAAAUCUCAAUUAGUCAUUGAUAAGACUCAAUCAGUAAUAAGUUCUAUUGAUACUUAUGUUUCAACAACUUUAUACCCUCAAUUUACAGAUAAAGUUAAUUUAGUUUAUAGUAAAGUUGAUCUUUAUAUUCGAUUAUUAAGUAAUCAAGUAUAUAUUUAUUCAACUUUGGCUUAUGAUGAACUUGCCAAAUUAGGUAUUUGGGAAUACUUUACAGAAUUAUUGGAACAGUUAAUUUCAAUUAAAUAUGUUAAUGAUUUUGUUCAAAUUUAUAAGAAUUUUAUUCAAACUGUUAAAGAUACAAAGACUUCUUUUAAAUUUCAUGAAAAGACUGAAUUUAUUAAGCAAGAGUUUAAAAACUUGGUCAAAUUUAAUGAAACUUCAACUAAUUUCAAACAAUCAAAAAAAAAUAUUGUUGAACUAGUAAAGGAUAUUUUAAAUAAAGUCUCCAAGGAUAAGAAAGUUUCCACUAGUGAAGAAGAAAAACAACAAGAAAAAGAGAGUGAAGUGCCAUCUGAAGUCUAUGAUGAGGAUGAUGAUGAUGUUUAUGAUGAUGAUGAUGAAGAAGAAGAAGAAACAAUCACCAUUCAAUUCACUUCUACUGUAACUGUUGUCACUGAGGCUACCGAAGAAGCAGAACCUCCUGUUAACCCUAAAGUUGAAAAGAUUCAUCAAGAAUUAUCUCGUUGGGAAACUAAAGUCAAUAAGACUCUUCAAUUAGCCUCCAAUAAUCUUGAAAUUGAAAUGAAACCUAUCAUUAAUUCAACUCUUGAAACUAUUAAACCGCUUGUUACUAAUAUCUUUACUAAAUUACAUAAAGAAAGUCAUUAUAAGUAUCAAGAGUUACAUAAGAAGAUUGGAGAAAUCAAUAAAGAUUUUGAAAAUAUAAAGGCUACUAGCGAUACAAGUAUUGAAACAAUAAGUCGUCAAGAAAUUAGAGAUGAUAUUUCUGCUACUAAUGAUUUAUAUGUUAAAGCAAUCCAAGAAAUUAAACAGAUUUUAAUUGAUAAUCAUGAAAGAGUCAUUAUUGAAUAUUUCAAGGUUAUUCAAGAUACUAUUGAUAUUUUAGAAUCCUUUUCAGAAUCAACUUUUAAAGAAUUUUCAAAGACUUUGUCUAACUUAAUUGAAGAAUUAGAUGAAGAAUCUAAUGAUGCUGAACAUGAAAAUAAUGUCUCAUGGAAAUUUUGGAAGAGAUUUCAUAAAGUUAAAGAAGAAAUAUUUGAAUUCCGUGAUUUCAUUUAUGAUAAUGCUGAACAAUUCAAUUAUAAUGAUGGAAAUGUAACCACCACAUUUGAAGAUGUUAUUGGAUUACAUGAUUGGAAUGAUUAUUUAACUAAUAUUGAAUUCCAUAUAAAUUAUGUUAAUCGUGAUAAUGAUGAUUAUCUUAGAUUAGUUAGAGCUCAAGCAAAUGUCGCAUUCCAAUUACGUGAAGGAUUGGUUAGACAAUUAAUUGAAGAGGCAGAAAAAAGUGAACAACCUGUUCAACGCAUUGAGGAGUCUCAUGAAAAUGCAAAUGAUCAUCAAGAAUCUCAAAUUGAACCUGAGGUUGAAUCACAAGAUAUUCAUGAGGAAGUCCCAGAGGCUAAAACUGAAGUUGUGGCUGAAAAUGUUGAAGAACCUGAACCAGUCGAAGAGCCAGUCGAAGAACCAGUCGAAGAGCCAGUCGAAGAACCAGUCGAAGAGCCAGUUGAAGAACCAGUUGAAGAACUAGUCGAAGAACCAGUCGAAGAACCAGCCGAAUCAGUAGAGUCAGUUGAAAAGCCAGCUGAACCAAUAGAGGAAGCAGUACCGGUAGCUGAACAUCAAGAACCAGUGGAACAAACAGUGGAAGAACCAGUGGAAGAAGCAAAACCAGAAGUUGAAUAUAAAGAACCAGUGGAUCCAAUCAACGAACAAGUCGCUGAAGAGCCUAAAGAUUCAAUUCCCAAAGAACCUAAAGAUGAAGUUCAUGAACAUUGA